UACCGCCACCCGGCGUGUAAAUGGAUCUAACUCUUUGAACGUACAAUGGUGGUUGUGAAGCAGAAAGUCAGUUUAUUCUGUGGCCCUGAGUAACGAUUCUGUGUCCCUGAGUAACAAUUCUGUGUCCCUGAGUAACGAUUCUGUGGUCCCUGAGUAACGAUUCUGUGUCCCUGAGUAACGAUUCUGUGUCCAUGAGUAACGAUUCUGUGUCCCUGAGUUACAAUUCUGUGUCCCUGAGUAACGAUUCUGUGUCCCUGUGUAACGAUUCUGUGUCCCUGAUUAACGAUUCUGUGUCCCUGAGUAACGAUUCUGUGUCCCUGAGUAACGAUUCUGUGUCCCUGAGUAACGAUUCUGUGUCCCUGAGUAACGAUUCUGUGUCCUGAGUAACAAUUC